ACAUUGACUGCAAACGUCAGUGUUUCUCUAAUCGCUUUGCGUCAGCUGCUACAUAACAACUAGAGUUCAGCUUAAACUUCAACUGCUAUUGAAUCCUGAACUAUGGCAGACGAGGAAGGAGCAGCACCUGAAGCGCCCCCACAGUGUGAAGCUGCAGCACCUCCAGCCGAAGCUGAGGCUGCACAAUCUCCCAGCAAAGUGGCACCACCACCAUCUGCUAGUCAGGCUGUGGUACCACCAUCUGUUAGCAAAGCAGCAGUGCCACCCUCUGCCAGCCAAGCGGCAGUUCCACCGUCUGCUAGCAAAGCUGCAGUACCACCAUCUGCUAGUCAGGCAGUAGCAGCAUCUCCAAGCAAAGUGGAAGCAGAAACAGGACCGAAACCUAGUAGAGUAGAGGCUGCACCAUCACCUAGCAAAGCAGAAGCUGCACCGACUCCAAGCAAAGUAGAAGCUGCGCCGACUCCCAGCAAAGCAGAGGCUGCACCGACUCCCAGCAAAGUGGAGGCAGCUGUUAAACCCAGCAAAGUGGAAGCCGGAGAGGGAGAGACACCAUCAACGGAAAAGGAGCCGCAGCGGAAAUCUCGCAGCAGGAUGUCCGUGACGGCCGGCUCCCGCAUCUCAGUACUAGCUGGCCAGAGACCGGGUAUGCGGACUUCAAGCAGGCAGUCGCUGGCAUCAGCUCGAGAGAGCCUGAUGCGUGUGCGACCAGCUUCCAGGGCCUUCCAGCGCUCUGGCAGUUUCAUCUCCUUCCGCAGGAGCAGUCUCGGCUUUGACAAGAUGAAGGCCAUGUACGAGAACAGCUACGUGCUGGACCCGAAGAAGCCGUUCAGCAGUGACCGCGUGUCCCUGAUGCUGCACGACCUGCUCGAAGGGGAGGAGAUGAGCUACCCGGAGCGCUACGACCCAGAGAGCGCGCGCAAGCUGGCGCACGACGUCGCCGCGCUGUUGCGGGCCGGCGUCAGAGACCUGGCGUUCGACAGGUACCGGCUGGUGUGCCUCUGCGAGGUGGUGGAUAAGAGAGGGCAGACGGCGGCACACGGGAUGCGAUUCCUCUGGGACGCCGAGCGGGACAACUUCGCCUGCUACACAAUUGAGAAGAACUACUACUACAUGAUAGUCACCGUCUUCGGCAUCUACACUGACUGAGCAAGACCCUCAGAUUUGCUACACAAGUAUUCUGUAUCAUUUUAUUUUUCGAAAAAUUUUUGCCGCUUUUUUAAAAUAUGCGCCUAGUAUUUCCUGUCCAUAUUUGAGCAAAUGAAAUGUAAGCUUUCUGCACAACGUAUUAUUACUUUUUAAAAAAAUCUAUCAGUAGAGUGAAUGAGA